AGAUCGGUGGACAGAUAACGCAAACAGAACGAUAACAAUUCCGCCCUCUAUAGUUUCCAGUACCAAGGGGAAAUCACCGUCGUGGUACACAGUACUUGGUUUAUGGAUUGACCUCGCUGCUGUGCAGUUAGUAAAGGUCACCAUGGCGACGAAAUUGAUGCAGUGGUUGUUUGGACUAUCCUUGUUCUUUACUGUCUGGUCAUCGCUUGUUUUCCAACUGGUACCAAUACAAUUAGACUCAAGGGUAUAUGAAAUUCUCUGGCCUCUACCAGUGUAUCUAAUCAUUGUGUUUGGGAGUUAUUCAUUGGCUGUCAUUGGUUACCGAGUCGCUACAUUUAAUGAUUGUGAAGAAGCCGCGGCAUCACUCAAACAAGAAAUUGAAGAAGCUAGAAGAGAUCUAACAAAGAAGGGAUUGAAGUUUUCAUGACCAACGCAAGAAUUCAUGUUUGAAAUCGCAGUCUCAAGUUGUCCUAAUAUUUUAUAAAAAAAGGAAUUAUAUAAAAUUAUUCCUUUUUAUAUAAAAGGAAUGUCAUUAAUAUUUUGAAUGAUAAAAUUCAUUUAUGGUUUAUGUUAAAUACCACCCUUUUUAUGUGUGCGAAUAGUAUGUAAAUUUAGAUAAAAAAAUGUGGGGGUUGGGGUGGAUAGUGGUGGGGGUAAAGUUGUAUGGUGCCAACAAUCUGGAGAACAUGACUGCAAUCAGUGAUUCAGGAUGUUUACAUUUUCAACAGGAUUAAUGUUGGCUCGCAUUCACUGAUUGUUGGAAUAUUUGAGACUGCUACAUUUAAGAGUAUCUACUAUCUAUAUAAUUCCAUGUCAAAUUCCAGUGCAUCUUAAAUAAAUUUUGUUUGCUAAUUGACAUUA